GGCCCCCACUGUCUGUAAACCGCAAAGUGCAGAUCGUCUUCCACUAUCUCUUCUGCUACAACUCUAUAUCAUAGGAGAAGGCUUGAAAAAACCCUAAAAACCUGGAAAUUUUUCAUUCUUUCCCGUCAAUCCGCCGAAAAACCCUAGUUUUCCUACAUUUUUUAGCUCAAAACCGUCGAUCGGAUCAGAGAGCUCAGGGGCAGUUGUGCCACGAGGCUUCAUAGUUGCAGAAGCGGGUUUUUGAGAUGAAGAUUUAAGAGAGUGAGUGGGUAAAGAGUGUAAGGAGAGGAAGGACGAGAUGUAUAAGAACCAGCUUCAGGAGCUGGCGCAGAGGAGCUGCUUUAAUCUUCCAUCAUAUACGUGUAUAAGGGAAGGACCUGAUCACGCGCCGAGAUUUAAGGCGACUGUUAACUUUAACGGUGAGAUCUUCGACAGCCCCAACUAUUGUACGACUUUGAGACAAGCUGAGCACUCGGCGGCCGAGGUGGCGCUCAAUUCUCUCUCCAACAGAGGCCCCUCACAUUCUCUAGCCGCCAGGAUACUGGAUGAGACUGGUGUCUACAAAAACCUCUUACAAGAGAUUGCACAAAGAGUUGGAGCACCUUUGCCUCAAUACAAAACUUUCCGGUCAGGUCUUGGGCACCUACCUGUAUUUACUUGCAUGGUAGAGCUGGCUGGGAUUACAUUCACAGGUGAACCUGCCAAGAACAAGAAGCAAGCCGAAAAGAAUGCAGCCAUGGCAGCAUGGUCAUCUCUGAAACAAUUGGCACGGGAAGCUGUAAGUUCAUCCUCUGAGACAGAGAACAACGAUGAGCAAGAACAAAUCACCAUAGCACGGGCACUAUUAAAUUACCGUCUGAAGGAAAAGAUUGUGGCAAACUCUUCUGAUGCCCCAAUUCCAUUCUCAAAGAAAUUCCCAAUGCAAAAUCUGAGACCAUCGAGUACACAGCCUCCCCCUGUUAUGACCUCGAAAAUACUCCCAUUAAUCCGUCCGAAGACAGCUCCACGGACCAGACCGGUGGUGUCUUCAACAGAAAGAGAAAAUCCCCAACCAUCACAGUCCUUGCCACCUGAAAAUCGUGGAGUUCGGCCACAGAUAUUACCUGCAGGAAGAGCAGCUCCAUACAUUCCUGCCAGGCAUUUCAGGCCAUACCAUGGGAUGGCACCACCAGUGACAGUAAGGACUGCAGUACCUGUUUUCUCUGCCCCGCCAAUCCCCCGACCGCUCACCCAUCCUCAAGUAAUGGGGCCACCACCAAUUCAUGUUGCCCCACCAGUCCACAUCAGGCAGGCAGUGCCAGUGUUUGCCACUCCACCCCUUCCUAUAAAGGAACUGCCAUCUUCGAAGGUUUCUUCCACGCCAAUCAUGCCAUCAUCAGAUCAGAUAGAGGAGACAGGAAGCUCAAUAACUGGGAAUGACCUGCUAGAACCUGUUGCAGCAGAGGGUAUGAAACAGCUCAAAAUCUGAUGUUGGUAGGGGGAGUAUUGGAAUCCUGAAGGAACUGUUUCUGAUUUUAUUCUGGGUUGUGGGUGGUUUUCUGUGUAUUUUUUCCACACCUUUCAAGUGGUCUUCUUAUGAGAAACUACAUUGUCUUAAGAUGCAUUAGCAUUAGAUAUAAGCAACCUGAAGUUUUGGCGAUGCUACUAUUCGACCACUAGUUUUAUUUCU